GACGGUCUGUUUUCAAACUAGUGGAAGUAGCCAUCGCGGGGGUAAAAGAAGUGAAGGAGCAGCGCGUUUAUUAUUUGUCGCGUUUAGCUUCAACAUAUAGUUUUUCCAAUGGAUUUGGAAACUGGAACAUACGAACCAGGAUUUGUUGGGAUUCGGUUUUGUCAAGAAUGUAACAACAUGUUAUACCCUAAAGAAGACAAGGAGAACCGUAUCCUGCUUUAUGCGUGCAGGAACUGUGACUACCAACAAGAGGCAGACAACAGCUGCAUCUACGUCAACAAGAUCACCCACGAGGUUGAUGAGUUGACACAAAUCAUCGCUGAUGUGUCUCAGGAUCCAACACUACCUAGGACAGAGGAUCACCCCUGUCCCAAAUGCGGUCACAAGGAGGCAGUGUUCUUCCAGUCUCACAGUAUGAAGGCUGAGGAUGCAAUGAGACUGUACUACGUCUGCACGGCGCCUCACUGUGGACACAGAUGGACAGAGUAAAGCUGGAGAUAAUGAAAAGGUCCAACAGUUCAUGAAAAGCUGCAGCUCAGAGAGUUCUUCUUCUUUAACUCUUACUGUGCAGUUUGCUGUCAAACCGCUGAACUGCCGUGGAUGUUAUCUUGCUUUGAUGACACCAUCUUGUGAAUAUAAUGUAUUAAUACUUUUUUUUAUAGAAGUUGUCAUUUUUAAAUGUGUUUUGUUAGAUUAAAAGAAUCAAUUGUU